UCGAGCGUCGUCUGUUCUCUUCGAAGUCACUAAGGUAGUUCAUGGGUGCUGAGCACAAGUUUUUCUUUGCCAUGGCACGGUGUUUACGCCAGCGCCAGUAGGUUAAAGUCGCGGGAAGCCCGGCGGCGACCUUCUCACUCGCUUCCAGAACUUCAUCUUCUCUUCGCCCUCUCUCGGAUCAUCGUCACGCGCCGAGCCAAUGCCGUAUAUCAUUGAUCUCUUUUUCGAAUCUGAUGACGAUUGGGAGCCGUCGAGGGCUCCCACAGUCCGUCGCUUAGUCCUGGACCCCGACGGUGACUUGAUCCUGCACAUCGGUGCCGAAGUCAACGACGAGCCUGACAUGAUCGACGCUCAGGUGUGCUCUGUCACCAUGCGCCGCUCGUCGCCGGUCUUCAAGGCGAUGCUGUUUGGAUCGUGGAUCGAGGCGAAGCCCAGCGCCGGGCCAUGGAUCGUUUCGCUUCCAGACGACAAGCCCGCGCCUCUGACCAUCAUGCUCGCCAUCGCCCAUGGAAGAUUCGACCUUGUCCCGCAUAUGAAGGAGGGCUCAACGCGCAGGCAAGACCUCGAAUUGAUGGUCGACGUCCUCACUGUCGCAGACAAGUACGACCUUACGCGACUUCUCGGGCCGUGGGCGCCAUGGUGGAUCAACAUCGUCCGAUAUCCCCACAGAAACAGCAGUCGCGAGAUCGCACAAGGGAUGUAUGUCGCCUGGCAGCUGGGAUCUCUGGACCGGCUGUCCUCGAUUAUCAAAGCGGUCGUCUUCACCAUUUCCAAAGUCGAGCUCGAUUGCCUGAUCGAAUACAGCGAGCAUUGUACCUCAGAAGGUUUCCCUCCUGCGUUGUGCCGUCUAAUCAGGUGUACCGUUGCACGAUGUCGCCUCGAAGUGAUCCAAUAUAUUCUCGACUUCUUUCACGGAAAAGCUAUCAAUCCUAGGGUCAAAAGUACGGGAUGGGGGAUUUACCGCAAGGGACCGGAGUGUUGCCACGAGCCCAUCCUGUGUAACGCGUUGAUUGCGACCGAGAUCUCGAGUUACUUUAGAUUGGUGGCAAGGACUCCGCCACCGGAGCAAGCAAGCGAAGUCGACACAUGCGCCGAGACUCUGUUGAUCUCGCUCGGAGACGUCUUCACUUACGUCGACAGCACGCGCAAACUGCGAGGCCAACAUUGCUGCUCUCUCUUGGUCGGGUUUGAGGCAUUCAAGGAUCUUCUGUUCUUUGACUGGCAGGACUGCAGGGAGGUACUCCCUGAAGCCUACCGAGACCGCCUGCAAAAACGAUACGAGCAGUUGGGGUACGACUUGGACCUCAUCAAUCGUGAGCCAACCCGGCUCACGUAUUGGGCAGACACCUGUGAAAGGCAUUGCGCACCGGACAUACCUGCACCAACCCGACUCAUCAUGAAGAUAUGUCACUGGCUUGGAAGUUUGGUGUUACAUUGACAGCGCCAACAAACGACACUUUAUCCCUCUGCAGAAUGCUGGUUCAGAGGCUUGAAAGACAAACGGUGAGGAAGGACGGGACAGACUGGACAGACUUGAAAGGGCACCAGACUCUCGUGCUCGCCAGAGCUAGGCGCAAAAAGAAUUUGCUCGACUCUGCCCUAUCAAUGCCAUCAGCUCCCACUUCCCAAUGGCUUUUUCAUGACAUGCUACUCAGUACUUGGUAUCCUUGACGCUCGAUGUAUCGGACCAAGUCCA